ACCCCCGACCCCUAUAUGUAUACGCUUCGCUCCUUUUCACAACUCCCAAACCAUAAAAAUUCCAUUAGCUCAAUUAAUUUUCAUGGCUGCCAUUCCUUUCUUUUCUCUUCUUUUGCUCCUUUUCUCCUUGGCUUUGCCCAGUCCUAGCUUAGCCACCAAUAGAAAACUAUCAGCUCUUGUUCAAGAGCAACCCCUUGUUCUAAAAUACCACCACGGUCCCCUCCUUAAGGGUAAUAUAACUGUUAAUCUUAUUUGGUAUGGCAAGUUCUCCUCUACACAGCGUUCCAUCAUCGUCGACUUUUUAAACUCUCUCAGCUCCUCCAAAACGACGUCGCCCUCUGUCUCGUCGUGGUGGCAAACGACUGGCAAGUACAGGGGAGGUUCGAGCAGAGUCGUUGUAGGGAAACAAAUUCUCGAUGAGAAGUACUCUUUUGGGAAAGCUCUUAAAACUAUCCAACUUGUAGCUAUGGCUUCCAAACCUGGCUAUGGAGGUAGUAACGUAGUCAACGUUGUGUUGACUUCCGCUGACGUGGCGGUUGAUGGUUUCUGCAUGAGCAGGUGCGGGACACAUGGUUCUGGUCGGGUUAAGAAGAACAGGUUCGCUUACGCUUGGGUGGGUAACUCGGUAAGUCAGUGUCCGGGUUAUUGCGCGUGGCCGUUUCAGCAACCCGUGUACGGGCCACAAACUCCACCGUUGAUUGCUCCUAACGGAGACGUAGGCGUUGACGGAAUGGUGAUCAAUUUGGCAACGGUUUUGGCGGGAACCGUGACGAAUCCGUUCAAUAACGGGUACUUCCAAGGGCCAGCUGAAGCGCCUCUGGAGGCCGUCAGCGCGUGUACGGGGAUAUUCGGGAAAGGAGCAUACCCGGGGUAUCCUGGAGAGGUUUUGGUAGAUAAAACGACGGGUGCUAGCUACAACGCGGCUGGCGUUAACGGGCGUAAGUAUUUACUCCCGGCGAUGUGGGAUCCUCAAACACAUACGUGCAAAACACAGGUGUGAGCAAACGAACCUGACAUGGAAAAUGGGGAUAUUUUGAUGUUAUUAUGUAUAUGAGCUCCGUAUAAACAUGUUGUGGGAUGAUAUUGGAAUACUUAAGGUCUUUUUUUUUUUUUUCUGUUCUUUUUAAUUGAGUGACCUUUGUAUAUCCCUUUUUACAAUUAAAGAAAGAAAAAAGAUUGGAAAAAAGAGAAAUCGCGUUAUCUA